UCGAUCUCUUCUGUCCGUCACCGUCUGAAGCGGAAGUCAGGUGAACUGUGUGUGUUGUGUGUGUGACCCUGCUGCGGGUCCAGACCCAGAGCUUUCAGCCAUGGUCUUCGAGUCCCUGGUCAGUGACCUGCUCAACAGGUUCAUCGGAGACUACGUUGAGAACCUGGACAAGUCGCAGCUCAAGAUCGGAAUAUGGGGAGGAAACGUCGAACUGGAAAAUCUGAGGGUGAAGGAGAACGCCCUGAGUGAGUUUGAUGUUCCCUUCAAGGUCAAGGCAGGACAGAUCGGGAAGCUGACGUUGAAGAUUCCGUGGAAGAACCUUUACAACGACGCCGUGGUCGCCACGUUGGACGGUCUGUACCUGCUCGUCGUUCCUGGAGCCACUGGAUCUCAGUUGAAUACAUGUCCGUAUAAUGCGAUAAAGUUUGAUGAUGUGAAGGAGGAGCGUCACCAGCAGGAGGCGAAGCAGAGAGAACUGCAGCGAAUUGAGGAGGCUUUACAGACGGCUGCACGCAGAGAGUCUCAGACUGAAGAGCUGCUCUUCAGUCUGGAGACAGUUGUUUACAAGGAGACGGUCAACGUCCCUAAAGGACGUAAAAAAAUUAAAAAACACAAAAAAGGCUUAAAGAAGCUGAAAGGACAUGACAACAAAGCAGAGAGACCUCAGGAUGAGAAGAAGGACUCGUUCGUGGAGAAACUGGCCACUCAGGUGAUCAAGAACCUGCAGGUGAAGAUCAACAGCAUCCACCUGCGCUACGAGGACGACCUGUCGGACCCAGAGCGCCCCCUGUCUGUGGGAGUAACACUGUCAGAGCUCAGCCUUCUGACCACUGAUGAGAACUGGAAGUCGUGCAUCCUGAACGAGGCAGCAAAGAUCAUCUAUAAGCUCGGUCGUCUGGAGUCUCUCUGCGCCUACUGGAACGUCCACAGUCCCAUGUUUUACAAAGGAUCAUGGGAAAAUAUUGUGGCUCAGUUGAAGUGUGGCAUCAGCAGUACAGACCAGCAGCUUCCUCACUAUCAGUACAUUUUCAAGCCAAUUUUUGCUUCGGCUAAAAUGUGCAUCAACCCCAACGCUGAGCUAGAACUGACAUGUCCAAAGAUGGACCUGCACUUGGAGGUUCACAACAUCGCCAUAGAGAUGACCAGACCACAGUACCUGACCAUGGUGGAGCUGCUCGAGUCCAUCGACUGCAUGGUGAAGAAUGCCCCCUACAGGAAGUUCAGGCCGGAUGUCCCCGUUCACAGGAACACCAAACUCUGGUGGAGGUACGGCUUCAACAGCAUCCUGGAGGUCCACAUUAGGCGCUGCAGUCACAUGUGGUCCUGGUCCAAAAUCAGACAGCACAGAGAUAGGCUGAGGGCCUACAAGACCGCCUACAAGACCAAACUGCUGAACCAGAGCAAGUCGAGCCCGGACGCGGAGCAACACAUCCAGGAUCUGGAGAAAGUUCUGGACGUGUUCAACAUUACGCUAGCUCGACAGCAAGCGCAGAUGGAGGUGAUCAGAUCCGGACAGAAGUUGGUGGGGAAGAAAAAAAACGGCGGGCAGAAGCAGGGAGGAGGUUUCUUCAGCAGCUUAUUUGGGAGGAAGGCUAAGAAGGAGGAGCAGGAGCAGGAGGAGAGCAAGGAGAUAGAGAGCUCGGGACUGGACGUACUCAUGACGGCUGAGGAGAAGGAGAAACUCUACACUGCCAUCGGCUACAGUGGCAGCCAUCACAACCUGACUCUACCCAAACAGUACGUUGCCAUGGUCGUCAACUUCCAGCUGUUGAGAACUUCGGUGACAGUCCGAGAGCAGCCUGACGUGCCGGAGAUCCUCAAGAUCCAGAUGAUCGACCUCAGGACCAAAAUAUCUCAGAGACCUGGAGCUCAGGCCAUCAGGGUGGAGGCGGCACUGGAGCACUGGUAUGUUACUGGUUUGCAGCAGCAAGGGACGGUACCGUCGCUCAUAGCCACAGUGGGAGAGGACUCCUCCUCUCUGCUCAGGGUCGUGUUUGAGACAAACCCAGAGGACAGCCCCGCCGACCAGCUGCUCAGAGUCCACUCGCAGCCUGUGGAGAUCAUCUAUGAUGCGCUGACCGUGAACAGUGUGGUGGAGUUCUUUCAGACGGGGAAAGGUGUCGAUCUGGAGGUCCUGACCUCGGCCACACUCUCCAAACUCGAGGAGAUCAAAGAGAAAACAGCCACAGGUUUGUCUCACAUCAUCGAGACCAGAAAAGUCCUGGACCUAAGGAUUGACCUGAAGCCGUCCUACCUGCUGGUCCCAAAGUCUGGCUUCUACAGCGACACGUCGGACAUCGUCAUCGUGGACUUUGGCAGUUUACAGUUGAACAGUGUUGAGCAGAGCAGCGUCAGUUCGGCUUCAUCGUCCUUCUCCUCCCUGGAGGAGAUCAUGGACCGAGCCUACGAAAGAUACAACGUGGAGCUGAGACGAGUCCAGGUCCUGUACAGCAAGUCAGGUGAAGCCUGGAAGUCGGCCCGGCUGCAGGGUACGUCGAUCCAACACAUCCUCCAGCCGAUGGACUUCACCCUCCAUCUGGCCAAGUGUAUGGUGGACAAGGACGCAAGGAUGCCCAGGUUCAAGGUUUCCGGUGAGCUGCCGCUGAUGCAUGUCAAGAUUUCGGAUCAUAAGAUCCAGAACGUCUUGGAGCUGGUCAAUGGCAUCCCCCUGCCCAACAUAGGCUCCUCCCCGUCCACCCCCACAGAGAAGGUGCUGUCGUUGGCGGUGGCCAGGCCACGAGCGCUCGACCUACCCCCCGCACUUCUAGAGGCCAUGGAAACAGACUCCGACGAAGACGCCAGCGAGAAGUCGACCGAUGAAGAUCACCAGCGCUCGACUCUGGAGGAACUCACCGACGUCCAAUUCAACUUCGAAGUCCGAGAGGUGCUGUUGGAGCUGACGCGGCAGGCGGACCAGGAGAAGACAGUGCUGUCCUUCAGCAUCUGUCAGCUUGGCGCUGAAGGGAAGAAGCGGAGCUACGACCUGAGCGUCACCUCAUACCUGCGCAGAGUCACACUCGACUAUUGUGAAGACAGCAGCAGUCGUCCUCUCCACCUCAUCAGCUCGUCAGAGCAGCAGAACUCCGACCUGCUGAAGGUGGAGUUCAUCAAGGCCGACUCCAGUGGUCCGAGCUUCCAGACGCUGUUCAACAACACCGAGCAAACACUGAAGGUGGAGUUCUCUUCCCUCAACUUCCUCCUUAACACCAAAGCUCUGCUGUCAACCAUCAGCUACCUGAACAGCGUUCUGCCGCCGCAACUCGCCACCGCCCGAGACCGCGAGGCCAAAAAGAAGGUGGAGAAGAGGGGACAGGGGCGGACAGUGUCCAAAGGAGCCAGUGGCGUCUUCAGCUUCAAGCUGUUUGCCAUGUUGGGUUGUUUCCACGUGGAAGUGUGCGACGACCAACGCAGCAUCGCUGACAUCAGAGUCCAAGGAAUCGACGUGUCGGUGUUGGUGCAGGCGAAGGAGACCGAGGUGUUCGCUCGACUCCGAGACAUCGUGGUCACGGACGCCAAUCUCCGAACCGUUCACAGGAAGGCUGUUUCCAUCAUGGGCGAAGAGGUGUUCAGCUUCAAACUGUCCUUGUUUCCGGGGGCGACGGAAGGGGACGGCUACAGCGACACGUCCAAGGUGGACGGGAAGGUCACGUUGCGUCUGGGCUGCAUCCAGAUCAUCUACCUGCACAAGUUCCUCAUGUCAUUGCUGGCUUCUAUUUGCUUUCAGUGUCCGUCUGCCGAUGAGACGUUUGUAGACAACUUCCAGACGGCGAAGGAGGCUCUGAGCGCCGCCACGGCCCAGGCGGCAACGAAGGCGGUGUCCAGCGUUCGCGACUUCGCCCAGAAGAGUUUCCGUCUGGCCAUGGACAUCAAGCUGAAGGCGCCGCUCAUCGUCGUCCCCCAGUCGUCCACCUCCCACAAUGCGGUCGUGGUGGACCUGGGUCUGAUCACGGUGGGGAACAGCUUCUCGCUGCAGCGCGUGGACGGUUUCUCUCUGCCGGCGGUGGUGGAGAAGAUGGACGUGAAGCUGACAAAGCUGAAGCUCUGCAGAUCCGUUCUGAGCCCAGACUCUCCUCAGCUGGACAUCGAGAUCCUUCAGCCAAUCAACUUGGAGCUGUGUGUCAAACGCAACCUGGCUGCUUCCUGGUUCACCAAGAUUCCAGGGGUCCAGGUCCAGGGGGUCCUCCAGUCCCUCAAUAUGAGUCUGGGUGAGGAAGACCUCGGUGUGCUGAUGAAGAUCCUGGUGGAGAACAUCGGGGAGGGAACCAAAGAGCACAGCAUGGACGUCAGGCGACAGGCAGCUCAAGAGAGGGCGGCACUCGCCGGGCAGCAGGUGGAGGUGGCGUCGCCGCAGGCGGGAUCGGCUGCGAUUCCUCAGACCAACGGCGGCCAGACGGAGAACACCAUCAACGUUCUGCUGAACUUUGAAAUCAAAGAGGUGCUGUUGACCCUGAAGAAGCCCAGAGACGGGACGGAGACGCCCUUCCUGGUGUUCCACGUCGCCCACCUGGGCAUCGACACCAAAGUCAGGAAGUACGACAUGUGCGCCACGACGUACAUCAACAAGAUCACCAUGAAGUGCCUGGAGUUCAAAGACUCCAGCGGCGAGCCGCUGUGCCUCAUCAGCUCGUCGGUGGAGUCCGGAGCCGAACUGCUCAAAGUGCAGUAUUUCAAGGCCGACCGCUCAGCACCAAACUUCUCCACCACCUACAAGAGCACGGAGCAGAUGAUUAACGUGAUCUUCACCUCUCUGGACUUCCUGCUCCACACCGAGGCUAUGCUCUCAGCCAUCAACUUCCUGUCCGCAGCGCUGACGUCUGACAGCAGGACGUCCACCGACCGAGAGAUCAGACCGAAGGCAGAGGACAAGACUGUGUCCAAGUCCACCGCCACGACGUCGCCCACACACAGUGAGGUCAUCGACCUGAAGGUGAUGGUCACACUGGGAGCCUUCAACGUUCUGGUGUGCGACCAGAGCUGCAACAUGGCCGACAUCAAGAUCCAGGGUAUUCACGGCUCUCUGCUGAUCAGCGGACGACAGACGCAGUUAUCGGCCCGACUCCGAGAUUUCAUCGUCCUCAACGUCGAUUCCAAAAGUGUCCACAAGAAGGCCAUCUCCAUCGUGGGCGACGAGGUGUUCAGCUUCACCAUGAGUCUGACUCCAAACGCCACGGACGGCGCCGGCUACGCCGACACGUCCAAGACGGACGGCCGAGUGAAGCUGAACGUCGGCUGCAUCCAGGUGGUUUAUCUGCACAAGUUCUUCAUGUCUCUGCUGAACUUCAGCAGCAACUUCCAGACGGCCAGAGAAGCUCUGAGCGCCGCCACGGCCCAGGCGGCAGAGAAAGCGGCGUCCAGCGUCCGGGACUUUGCCCAGAAGAGUUUCCGUCUGGCCAUGGACGUCAAGCUAAAGGCGCCGCUCAUCGUCAUCCCCCAGUCCUCCACCUCCCAGAAUGCACUGGUGAUGGACCUGGGUCUCAUCACGGUGGGAAACGACUUCACCCUGCUGCCCGUGGACGGGUGUCCGCUGCCGGCCGUCAUCGACAACAUGGACGUGCAGCUGGCGCAGCUCAAACUCUCCAGGACCAAUAUGGACGUGGUGUCAGACCGACCCCACAGCGAACUGCUGGAACCUGUCAACCUGCGCCUGAACAUCAAGAGGAACCUGGCGGCUUCCUGGUACAAGAAGAUGGCUGCCGUGGAGAUUGAUGGAGAUCUGAAGCCCAUGAAGGUGGAGCUGAGUCAGGAAGACCUGAAGGUGCUGCUCAGAAUCCUGAUGGAGAACCUGGGCGAGGCCGACAGUCUGAAGCCCACCGCCCCGAAACAGGAGGGGGUCAGUCUAGUGCUCGGAGCCGCGGGGGGGCCACCCUCAGGUGACAUGGGGAAGGCGAGUGUGAGCAGCGGUGAAGAGGCGGGCGAAGCUCUGGAGUCCGUCAAGUUUAACUUCAACAUCGAGUCUUUGGGUCUGGUUCUGUACAGCAACGACCCACAAGAGCCGCUCGGCCUCCAGCACCAGGACAAGCUCAGACUGGGCGAGUUCAGCCUCCAGUCACUGAAGGCCAGCGGGCGGAUCCUGGUCAGCGGCAGCAUGGAGGUGACCACCGUCCUGACGGCCUGCACCCUGGACGACCUGAGGACUGGCAUGGAGAGGGUGACGUCACGCAUGAUCGGACGGAGGGACCAGGAAAGCUCGGAGGCGAUGGUCGACGUGACAUAUCGUCAGAGCGCAGGCGAGCGGGAGGUCGUCGCGGUUCUGCAGAAACUCUAUCUGUGUGCCAGCGUGGAGUUCCUUAUGGCCGUCGCAGAUUUCUUCCUGCAGGCUCUGCCGCAGAGUUCGUCUUCGACCACCACCACCGCGCCGAGCGACAGACUGCCGCUAAGACAGACCACUGAACCCCGGGCCGACGCCAAGACCGCCGCCAUGGGGAGGACUCGUCUGCGGGCGGUGGUGGUGGACCCGGAGGUGGUGUUCGUCGCCAGCCUGAUGAAGGCCGACGCCCCCGCCCUGGUGGCCUCGUUUCAGUGCGACUUCACCCUGCAGUCCGAAGACGACGGCACCCAGAACACGAGAGCAAACCUGAGGGAGCUGAAAGUGCUCGCGUGCCCCUUCAUCCGAAACGAGUCCGAGGGCAAAGCUGUCACCACGGUGUUGAGACCCUGCUCGGUCGCCCUGGAAACCAAAACCCAGCCCAACCAACCCCUGAGCGGCUCUGUGACGGUGGAGGAAGUCAUUGUCAAGAUCUCUCCGUUCAUCCUCAACACGGUGAUGACGAUAACAGCCGCCAUGACGCCGAAGCAGAGCGACGAGCAGAGUCCCGACUCCGCCGGUGCCACCGACCUGUGGUCGGCCAUGAACAUCUACGACUGUAACUACUGGUUCCUGGGAGUGGAUCAGGCCACCGAGGUCACCGAGACCUUCAGGGAGCAGGACGGACGCAAUGACGGCGAGAGCUUUGCUGCCGAAGUCAAGGUGAUCCAGGUGACUCUGGAGUCCGGCUUGGGUCAUCAGACCAUCCCUCUGCUGCUGGCCGAGUCCACCUUCAACGGAUCAGCCAAAAACUGGUCGUCUCUGCUGCAACUUAGAGCCAACAUGACACUGGAGGUGAACUACUUUAAUGAGAUCCACGCCGUGUGGGAGCCGCUGAUCGAACGGGUCGACAACGGCAGCCGGAGAUGGAACCUGGAGCUGGAGAUGAAGAACAACCCGGUCCAUGACAAGAGUCCCAUCCACGGAGACGACUUUGUGAUUCUUCCCGAGCCACGUAUGGCGGUUAACAUCUGCUCCAACGACACCAUGAAUAUCACCGUCUCUCAAUGCACCCUCAACGUCUUCCACAAUCUCACCAAGGCGUUCUCAGAGAGCACAGCCUGCACCUUCGACUCCUCCCUGAAGGAGAAGGCCCCCUUCACCAUCAGAAACUGCCUGGGGAUCCCCCUCAUCGUGCAGCACAGCGCCACCCUGAGGCUGGUGGGAGCGCCCACGCAGGGGAAACUACACGAGCUGCCGGUGGAUGGGAGCAUGGACCUGGAGCACUCCAUGGUCAGACCGUCGUCUCGGGGCAAACUGUCGGCGCUACAGCGGCAAGAGAGCUGCUUGUUCAACCUCACCAUUGUUCCCACCGGAUACAGCGAGAUCUCCAACAUCGCCGUGGACAAACCGGGUCGCCGCCUCUACAACAUCCGCGGCCCGAUGCUGCAGGAGGCGGUCUCGGUGCUGCUGCAGAUAGACGCCGCCGAGGGCAACAAGGUCAUCACCGUCCGCUCCCCGCUGCAGAUUAAGAAUCACUUCUCUGUGCCGUUCACCGUCCUGAAGUACUGUCCGACGUCGCGCAGUCUGGAGAGCAUCGGACAGGCCGAGCCCGAGACGGAGUUUCACGUCGCCUUAGAAACAUACAGAUGUCAGCUGUUCGUGCGUCCGGCGGGUCCACUGGACGGUCAGUACAGUCCGUCCUCCACCUGCGUGUCCUGGAAGGAGCAGGUGCACCGCAGCUCGGAGGUGCGCUCGGUGCUGCAGUGUCCCGCGACCGACGGCAGCCUGCUGCCGCUGAUGGUCAGCACGCUGGCCGUCCCCGACGACCUGCGACAUAUCGCCAGCCACGGCGAGGAGGACUGGGACCCCGCCUACAUCAUCCACCUGCACCCUGUGGUCACGCUGCGCAACCUGCUGCCCUACACUGUUCGCUACAUGAUGGAGAGCUCGGCGGACUCGUACGACCUCAAGGAAGGCAGCACGUCGGACCUCCUGAACGCUCGCGUCGCGGGUGAGAUGGUGUCGCUGGUGCUGAUCCAGUAUCAGGGCCGCAACUGGCACGGACACGUUGGUAUCAAGCAGGACUUGCCCGAGUUCUUCGCCGUGUGUCUCAUCUGCGACUCGGACAACAGCCUGACGGUGGACGUGAGCGUCCACGUGACGCGGACGGCGAGCAACCUGCUGCUGUCGCUCUUCAGCCCGUACUGGAUCAUCAACAAGACGUCCCGAGUGCUGCAGUACCGAGCCGAGGACGUCAGCGUCAAACACCCGGCAGACUUUCGAGACAUCGUCCUGUUCUCCUUCAGGAAGAAAAACAUGUUCAGCAAGAGCAAGAUCCAGCUCUGCAUCUCCACCAGCUCCUGGUCUGAUGGUUUCUCCCUGGACACCGUUGGAAGUUACGGCUGCGUUCGUUGUCCUGCCAACAACAUGGACUUUCUGGUGGGCGUCAGUAUCCAGAUGAGCAGCUUCAACCUGACGAGGAUCGUCACCAUGAGUCCGUUCUUCACGCUAGUCAACAGGUCGUCCUACGAGCUGGAGGUGGGAGAGGUCAGCGGCCACGCCUCCACCAGGUGGCACUACAUCUCCUCCACCGAGUGCCUUCCCCUGUGGCCAGAGAACACCUCGGGGAAGUUGUGUGUCCGUGUGGUCGGAUCUGAAUCCACAACCAAGUCGUUCUUCUUUAACCGGCAGGACAGCGGCACGCUGCUGGGCCUUGACAUGUGUGGUGGGAUCAUCCUGGAAGUCAACAUCUCCGAUCACUCCACCGUCAUUGGCUUCUCUGAUUAUUACGAUGGCGCAGCUCCCGCCCUGCUGCUCAACCACACACCCUGGGUCACCAUCAGCUACCGACAGAGCGGCUCCACUGCGGUCCACGAGCUGAAACCGGGCCAGGCUCGGCGGUUUGCGUGGGACGACCCGGCGGGCGUCCGGACCCUCAGCUGGAGCUGCAUGGAGCAUUCAGGAGAACUGGACCUGCUGAAGGACGAGGUGGGUCAGUUCUCCUACGACAGCCUGUCCCAGGUCCACUGGGUUUCCUUCCUGGACGGACGUCAGCGGGUGGUGCUGUUCACCGAGGACGUCGGCGUGGUGACGAAGGCCCGACAGGCAGAGGAGCUGGAACAGUUUCAACAGGAAGUGAAAGUGUCACUGCAGAACCUGGGACUGUCACUGAUCAACAACGCCAGCCGACAGGAGAUCGCCUACAUCGGCAUCACCAGCUCCGGUGUGGUUUGGGAGAUGAAGCCGAAGAAUCGCUGGAAAGCGUUUAGUCAGAAAAACAUCAACCUUCUUGAGAAAACCUACCAGAGUCAGCUGAGCGGCAAGAAGGAGGGAGGCUGGGUCAGACUGGAGACAAACCUGGAGGUGAACCUCAGCGGAGCCACCAUGAUGAUGCGUCAGCCGUUCGCCUGCCAGGUGAGGAGGAACUUCCUGUCUGGGAUCCAGGUGGAAUUCAAACAGUCUCUGCACCAACGCAGCCUGAGAGCUCAGCUGCACUGGUUCCAGGUGGACAACCAGCUUCCAGGUGCGAUCUUUCCCAUCGUCUUUCAUCCGGUUCCUCCUCCAAAGUCCAUCGCUCUGGACUCAGAACCGAAGCCGUUCGUCGACGUGUCCAUCAUCACCAGGUUCAACCAGCACAGCAACGUCACGCAGUUCAAGUACUUCAUGGCUCUGGUGCAGGAGAUGGCGGUGAAGCUGGACCAGGGUUUCCUGGCAGCCAUCUUGGCUCUGUUUGUUCCCGCUGCUGAUCUUCAGGCCGACAGACAGAAGUCGCGGCUCAUCGAGAGAGAUCUGCAGCUGCUGCAGGCCGAGCUGAUGGAGGCGUCGCUCACCGACACGUCAGGACUCAGCUUCUUCGAACAUUUCCACAUAUCACCCAUCAAGCUCCACCUCAGUCUGUCGCUGGGCUCCAGUGGCGACGACUCGGCUCAGGAGGCGGCCGCUCUUCAGUCUUUCAACCUGCUGCUGAAAAGCAUCGGAGCGACGCUGACGGACGUCGACGACCUCAUCUUCAAACUCGCCUUCUUCGAGGUGAAGUACCAGUUCUACCGCAGAGAGAAGCUGAUGUGGGCGGUGGUCCGACACUACAGCGAGCAGUUCCUGAGGCAGAUGUAUGUUCUGGUUCUGGGUCUGGACGUCUUAGGGAAUCCCUUUGGACUGAUCCGUGGUCUGUCUGAGGGCGUGGAGGCCUUCUUCUACGAACCCUUCCAGGGAGCCGUCCAGGGUCCCGAGGAGUUUGCUGAAGGUCUUGUGAUCGGAGUCCGCAGCCUGUUGGGUCACACAGUCGGGGGCGCUGCAGGGAUGGUGUCCAGGAUCACGGGCUCGGUGGGUAAAGGUCUGGCCGCCAUCACCAUGGACAAAGAGUACCAACAGAAACGAAGGGAGGAGAUGAACCGACCGCCCAGAGACUUCGGAGAGAGUCUGGCGAAGGGAGGAAAAGGACUGCUGAAGGGAGUCGUGGGCGGAUUCACGGGCAUCGUCACCAAACCUGUGGAUGGGGCGAAGAAGGAGGGAGCGGCCGGCUUCUUCAAGGGCAUCGGUAAAGGUCUGGUGGGCGUGGUCGCCCGGCCGACGGGCGGCAUCGUGGACAUGGCGAGCAGCACGUUCCAGGGCAUCCAGAGAGCGGCCGAGUCGACAGAGGAAGUCACCAAGCUCCGACCGGUGCGUCUGAUCCGCGAGGACGGGGUCAUCCGACCCUAUGACCUGACGGAGUCGCAGGGCUUUGACCUUUACCAGCGUUCAGAGAUCGAACAGCUGGACGGUGAAGUGUUCAGACGUCACUGUCAGUAUCCUGGACACAGGAAGACCAACAUCAUCGUCACCAACAGGAGGGUCUUGUGUGUGAAGGAGAUUGACUUUGUGGGUCAUUUUAACAAAGAGUGGGAGUGUUUGUUUGAGAACUUCUAUCGUCCUUCGGCUGUUUCAGGAUCUGAGCUGAAGAUCUACUGCAAGGAGCAGCAUAAGUUGAAAUUGCCAAAGAGAAACGAGGACUCGGUGAGGACAGUUCAGCUCACAGACGCAAACACUGCUCAGGCACUGCUUGGGGCCAUAUCAGACGCCCGGGUUGCGCAGCAGCAGCAUCGCAUGGCGAGACAGAAAUCACAGCGUUUCCUGAAACUGGACAACAAGCAGUGAGGUCACUUCCUGUCAGCAGUGAGGUCACUUCCUGUCGGCAGGUGUCACCUCCUGUCAGCAGGCGUUUUCUUGUUGAUGUCUAAGAUUUUAAAGGGGAGCUGUGUAAAUUGUUGGACUGUUCCUUUAGGAUCUGAUUCAAACUGAUUUCCCGGUGACACAUCUGGAACCGUCCAAUCAGAGCUUCGCUCUUAUUCACCAAAGCUAAAACUAUAUUGUCUGUAUGUGUUUGGACGUUAGACAGGAAGUUGUUCAUUGAAAAACUGAAGCUCACUUGUUUAUUUUUAUUUACUUUGUGCUAAUGAAUCAUGGGAUUGUAGUUUUUUUUCUCCCUGUUAAAGAAUGAAACUAGAAGUUAAGACAGGCGUUGGAUGAAGAUUCAACCUGUAAAUAUUUUAACUUCCACUCUUCAGAGAGAUGUCAUAAUUUUUAUUUUAUUUUAUUUUAUGGAGAUUGUUUUGACAGUGUGGGUUUGUGGGUUUAUAUAUAUAUGUAUAUAUAUAUAUAUACAUAUAUAUAUGUGUGUGUGUGUGUGUGCGUCUGUUGCAUGUUUAAGAUGAAGUCAUAACACGACAUGUUGCACUAAAAGAAUAUUCAGGAAUCAGUGUUGGUGAAGAUAAACUGAAAAUUAUAAUCCAUUUUUUAUUAUUAAUCCAUCCAUUGUUUUCUAAAGUGACACAGAAGAAGAAGAAUCAGUUUGAGCUGUUUACAAACUAUUUGAUUUGAAGAUAUUUUCUUUUUCCGUCUGUUUCUGCCUUCGUAGUCGUUUACGUGUUUGGUCGAAGGUCCACACAAACAAAACCCUGAUCAAUAAAUGAUUUCCUCUAAAGAUGA